GGGCGACGUUGAGACAGGAACCGUGUAUCGUUCGUCGGCAAAGUCGUGCACGGAUACCCGACAUCUUCACUGCUUAGCAUGGUAAGCGACGGGCGCAACCCGGAACCCCGACAACCCAGCCCGGCAGAAGAGCAGCAGGGUCAGCCGUCGUCCACCGAGCAGCACGUUCUCGCGCCGUGCGGAGCCGCGGGAAACGGUGCUCCGGGUCUUCGACGGUGUCUAGCCUGGGCGUGCCGAGCGUGCAAGCGCCGCACGCUGGCCGUUGAUCGACGGAGGGCGGCGACACUGCGGGAGCGUAGGCGGUUGCGCCGCGUCAACGAAGCCUUCGAGGCGCUCAAGAGGAGGACCUGCGCAAAUCCCGGGCAAAGGCUGCCGAAGGUCGAAAUCUUGCGCAACGCCAUCGAAUAUAUCGAAGGACUGGAAGAUCUCCUCGAGGCUGCAGAUGGUGCACGGAUGACCAGCAGGCUCUUCGAAACCCCAAAAUCUAAUUCAGCGAAACCACCGCAGUCACACGACGACGACACGUCAAGCUGGAGGCCUUUACCUGAACGAGCGCAUCACAAUCCGCUGAGUAUCCACGAUGGUCAGGAAUCAUGCGACCUUCCCGGCGCCGUAUCAAGCUUGGAUCGACUGUCCCUGAUAGUGCAAAGUCUGAAUGGCUCUAGGAACAAGCUGUAAUCCACUUAAAGAGAAGCCUGCUGCAAAGCGACGAAAAAAAGAUAUGAAAUACAAUGAGGCAAGGCAGUAAAUUUUGCCAAGUGAAAAGCGCCAUCCUAACGCUAAAUACCGGUUGCUCUAUAUGACUUGCAUCUACGAUGGACUGACAUGUGCCUUACAUCUUGAUUUGAGCUUCGCCUGCUACUUCUAGGUUGUUAGUUAUUAUUCGAAAGUGUGACAGUUCACGCAAUAGAUAUUUUUCCAAUGUCAUUCUAGAAAAGAGAAUCCUUAUGUUAGGCCUGGACCUCACCCAGACUUACAAAAACUAAUUAUAAAGUAGUGAAUUGGCUUAAGUGUUGCACCUACGAAGAAUGAACUGGUCUUUUCGAGGACAAUAAAUGACGCCGCGUUAUUCAUUAGUUGCUUAGACUACCGCACGUAAAGCAAAAAAAAAAAAAACAGCAGUGUCCAUGUAGUGAAGACACUGCCCACUUUAUAGCGAGCAGCUUACAAACUGGCUAAUUUGCUGGCAAUGUAGCCAGCUAACAAAAAGAGAUUUUCUGGUGAGCCGACUAUGUACUUGUGCGAUUAUAAAUGUUAUUAAAAAUAUGGCAUUUGCGUU